AAUGAAUAAAAGUUAAUAAGCGCAAGAAGUUUACAAAAUCAUACUAGUCGGAGACCAAGGUGUCGGAAAAUCCUCAAUAUUACUCAGAUACACAAAGGAUCUCUUUUAAAGGGAUUAUAAUGUUACAAUAGGUCUUGAAUUUGCUAGUAAAAAAGUGACGAUACAAGAUAAUGCAUUGACACUUUAAAUUUGGGAUACUGUAAUAAAUCUAUCAUUUAUAUCUAAUAGGCAGGCUAAGAAGCUUUCAGGAGCAUUGCUAGAUCUUUUUAUAGAAAUUCUGCUGCCAUCAUUAUUGUAUUUAAAUUGACAAGGUUUAUUUGAUAAUUUAUUAAAGCCGCGAGUCAUUUUUAAGUGUUCCACAAUGGGUCAAAGAUAUCUAAGACAAUAGUGAUGUCGGAGUUGUAAUUUCAAUGGUUGGAAACAUGUCAGAUUUGGAAGCAGAAAGAACGGUGACAAAUGAGGAAGCAAAAUAAAAGGCUAAGGAGUAUAAUGCUCUUUAUUUUGAAACUUCAGCUGCCACCGGAUAAAAUAUUGAUGAUGUAAUUUUUAGAAAUCUAAUAAACAUGUAGAUCUUUAUUAAUACUUUGGAGAAGGUGUCUUAGUAAAACAAUCCCAUAAGAACUAAUUCUGAAUAAAAUGUCAGAGAAUCUAUACAUUUGUCUCAAAAGUAUACCUAGCAAAACCAAGGAAAAUAGGAAUAAAAUGGAGGAAACAACUCACAAAGAGAAGCUAACCCUGACAAAGGCUGUUGUUGAAUUAUUUAGCAAUCUUAAGGUUUAUUGGUUAUUGAUAUAACAAUAUUAUUAUCAUUAAAAAGGAG